GCACAGCUCUGGAUUCAUAACUUGCACACAGUGAAGCGCUGAGGUCCUCUACACAUUUCGGUACACUGAAGGGCAUUUUUAAACUCUUUAGGAUAUUCCGCAACGUGAAACCCCUCGUGCUCCGUGUAACAAUGGAGGCGUAUUUACGGAGCUGUCGUGAUGUGCUGAAGAGUUGUAGUAGGAACAGCCCAGGGCUGCAUGUCGUAAUGGGAAAUGAGGCUUGUGAUAUGGACUCCAUGGUAUCAGCCCUGACCUUCGCCUACUUUCUUUCAAAGAGUCUUGAUUGUAAGAGGAUACCUGUGCCUGUGCUCAAUAUUCCACGCGCUGAGUUCCCUUUGCGGUCAGACAGCAUCUUUCUGCUGAGAGAAAGCGGUCUGUCGCAGGACUACCUGCUGUUCAGGGAUGAGGUGGAUCUCCAUGGCCUGCACAAGAACAAACAGCUGACAUUGACACUGGUCGACCACAAUGUCCUGCCCAGUGCUGACAGUGAGCUUGAGGACGCUGUUGUGGAAGUGAUUGACCAUCAUCUCCUACAGAGACCCUCCUCCUCCUGCCCCAUCACUGUGGAGCCUGUGGGCUCCUGCACAACCCUGGUGACUGAGCGCAUUGCCCAGAAGUCACCCGCAGUGCUCGACCAACAAGUGGCUCAGCUUUUAUACGGUACCAUCAUCCUGGACUGUGUUAACAUGGCACCUGAAGCAGGUAAAGUCACCCCGAAGGACAGCCAGUACGCCAUCUUUUUGGAGCAGCGUUUCCCAAAACUGCCUCCGCGGGGCGCUCUGUUUCAGUCUCUGCAGAAUGCCAAGUUUGACGUGUCAGGCCUGUCCACAGAGCAGAUGCUGCUGAAAGACAUGAAAGCAGCGUCUGGUGGCGAUCUGAGAUUGGCUGUCAGUGUUAUUUACAUGACACUAGAGGAUUUUCUUCAGAGAAGUGGCCUACAGCAGGACCUUUGCGAGUUCUGCCACAGUCACAACUAUAAUCUGCUGCUGGCCAUGACAAUCUCUUUUAAAGACAGCAAGGAGCCCUUCAGACAGCUGGCCGUCUACAGCUCCAGCACCGUCUACAGGGAAGAGAUGAGUAAAGCACUAGAAAAAGCCAAAAACCCCAGUCUGGAGCUUAAGCCAUUAAGCAGUCCAUAUCCAGAUGUGAAGGCCUUUAUUCAGGGUAACACACUGGCGUCUCGCAAAAAGGUGAUGCCUAUAAUCACAGACUUCCUAAAGGAGAAGGAAAGGAGAGAAGCUCAGUGUAUGAACAUGGAGGAUCUGGACCUGGACGAUGAUUCAAACCAGGACCAGAGUGACUGUCUGGAGGACGCUGGGAUUGAGGACGACACUCGGGUUCCUCCAACGCCAAUGAACAGUCUGGUGGAGGGCUGUCCCUUAGACAACGGCCUUCCCAAAAUCAGCCCUGAAGCCUUGGUGGAGAAAGUCAGCAAGAUGGCAAGCAUGGAGGACACAUCUCCUGAGGAGCAGUGA